UUCGGAAAAUAGAAACAUCCUGUUGUAGGACAUAACAAUGACGAUGCUUCUAUUUGUUAUCAUCGUGGCCAUUUGCGGCAUCACGGUGAAAGGGGAAUGCCAGGAAGCAGAUUAUCAACAGAGAAUACAAACCUGUAUAGAGAAAGGAAUUAACACUGGAGUUUCAAAAGACCUUAAGGACAUGACUGGUGAAGAGAAACAGGCAACGUGCUCAAAUUAUAUUGAAGGAAUUACGUGUGCACAGGGUGUACUCAACGAUUGUGCAGACUCGCCACAGUUGAUGUUCCGCGGUAAUAGUUUGGAUGAAAUGAGAGCUAUAGCUGAGGAACAACGCAACAAUAUUGAGAAGUUUUGUGCUACAGCAUAGGACUAACAACGCACAGCAAAGAACUAUACUUCAGGAUGAUUUCUUUAACACUCCGUCAACCAGAUUUAAUGCUCUCCCAGUAAAUUCAUAUUUCUCGCUAUUAUAACUAUUGUAACAUACGUCUAUACACUAUGAUACAUGCUAAUUUUAAUUUGUGAUUAAAGAAGAUAUCCUUAUAAUAUCGAA